UUUUGUACCACGUGUUUAUAAGUUUGAUGUAUACUAUAUAUAAAUAUAUCGUAUUCUAAAUAUAAUAAAUAUUUGUUUUUCAGUAAAAUUUUAGAAAAGAUAUAAAUGUUAGCAAAAAAAUGGAGAGUCCAACAAUGGAAGAAACAUGUAGUAACGACAGUAACUUGAAUAAUGAAGACGUAUCUACGGAAUACAACGAAGAUCCAGAUUUCCAAAAGGAACAUGAACUUGAUGAAGCUGAAGCUCUACAAGAUGAGGAACCAAAAAUUAAAUUAACAAAGUUACCAAUUGGUAGGAUUCGAACAAUUGUUAAAACAGAUCCUGAUAUUAAUUUCAUUAAUCAAGAAGCAAUUUUUUUAAUAACUAAAGCUACGGAAUUAUUUAUUGACUCUUUAGCUAAAGAAUCUUACAAAUACACAUAUCAAUCCAAAAAGAAAACUUUACAAAAACAUGAUGUUCAAAGUGCAAUUGAUAAUGUGGAUGCUCUUAUGUUUUUAGAUGGAAUAUGAAGAAUAUCCAUUUCAAUAUUGUUAUUUUGGAUUAUUAAUAAAUUUAACUGUAAUUAAAUUUUCAAA